UUCCGUGCUUUCCGGUGGACGGUCUAAAGAUGGCGCUGCCCAUGAGGAGGACGCUGGUGUCUCUUCACAGAGCAACAUGUCUCUGUGUGACGAACGCAGAGGCGUCUCUGGGCGUGCGACACCCAGUGUACGUGCCCGUCCGCACCAAGAAGCGCUACUUCAUCCCUCCGGCCGCGGGGAUCAAGCAGAGGACGGAGGGCAACAUGGAGGCCAAGUCCCGAGCAGCCGGCCUCGUCAUGCGCCAGGAGUUCUCAGAGAGGCCCAUCAACAUCGCCUGCACUGCCGGAGUCUUCGACCCCUACAUCCCCCCAGAGGGAGACGCUCGUCUGUCCACUCUGUCCAAAGAAGGCCUGAAGCAGCGAACUGAGCAGAUUCGACAGAGCGCCGCCUCACAGCUUGCGAUCCGUAAAAUCAAAGAGCACGACACUCUGUUCAAAACAAAGGACUUCGCCGUGCGAGCUCAGGAAAUCUUCACCGAGGCUCACCACGCUCUGAUCCAGUUUAACAAAGUGAAACUUCACUCCCUGGUAACAGAGCGGUGUUAUCCGGAGAUGACGAGGGGAAACCGCUACAAGACCAUUCACUGGAGGUUCAUCGAGUCCCUGGAGCCGCCCAGAGUGGUCCACGCCCGCUGCCCCGACAUGGUCAGCAAGGGCAACCUGUACGGCCAGGUCACGGUCCGCAUGCACUCCAAACAGACUCUGGCCGUCUACGACCGCUUCGGGAGGCUGAUGCUGGGCAGCGAGGACGCGCCCAAAGACGUCCUGGAGUACCUGGUCAUAGAACGCCACCUCGUCAACCCCUACGGCCUGUGGAGGCUACACGGGAAGAUAGUGCCGUCCUGGGCUCCGGCCAAAGAUCCAAUUGUUAAGACUGUCAUGAUUCCUGGUCCGAAGCUCCGGGUCGACCAAGAGUUCGAUGCCGUCAACUAUGAAGUUCCCAAACCAGCAGCGGUGCAGUGGUCUAAAUAGACCACCAGAUGGCGACGCCCUCUCCUCAAACCCACAGUAGGACAUUAUGACCAGAAUCAGGCUGUUUCAAACUUGGCUGUGUGGUCGGGGAGUUUGUCCACUUCCUCUGGAGGCUCUGUCUGUGUUUAAAAGGCUGGAAGCAGCAGGUGAGUUGAGGCAAUAGAACAAACCUCCAAUAAAGCUGCUUCUCACUCGACACCGGAACCAUCACACAGCCGUCCUGGCAAAUAACUGUUUUCUUUGUGACUAAUUUAAUAUGUACAUGUGAAAAAAUAAAAUGUACAGAUCUGCUGAAAUCAAAUGGUUUAUUUCUGGGAUGAUGAUGAUGAUGAUGAUGAAGCUGCUUGUCGACCUCGGGAAAUAGAAAAAUAAAGUGUCCCAUCUGCUUUUCUUCACACCAGCUUUCAGAGCAGAUGCAUACAAAAGUGGAAACAGUACACAGGCUGUUUUUCUAUGCAAAACAAGGGGUGUGUUAUAAUGAUAUAUAUAUUUUUUAAACAUGAUGACAAAGUACAGCACGCUCGUUCAAAAACACACAAACAUGCAACAAUGCUCACAAAACUAGGUCACUGACAAAUCCCAAUAUCCGAGAGAAACGUGAAGCGGCACAAGUUGGCUGAUCGUCACUGUUUAACAACGGACACAUGAUUCACAUCAACACACACAACUGAUAGUUUAAGUUUUAUUCGACAUUAAAUGUAAAAAAUACUUUUUUUUUAAAGUUGCAUUAUUUGGAUCUGAAAUUUGUUUCCUUUGAUCAGAAGAAAUGUGACGAAUCCGAAUGUUGGUUUAGGAUCAAGGACGAAGGAUCUCUGAGAAUCCAGCUCCUCUGAGACUGAACCCUGAACCUGCAGUUAUUCUGUUACUCAGCGCUCUGCCGCUCUGAGGCUGGACCUCCUUCGCUUUACAGAUUUGAACUGAGCUCACAAGAUUUAGAGAAUACAAUAACAUCCCUCGAUUUAAUGUUCUUUGCUGUUAACAUUUAAAAAGUAUGAAAUCUUCACAGCCUGUUUCUAAUUUAAACUCAUCCCCAUGAAACCUUGAUUUCCACUGAACUGCAUCCACAGAAUUUUCUACCGUUCCCAGAUAAACAAGAAAUAUGGAUUAUUCCCUCUGUUAUAACAAGUGGAGGUUUGAGGGUUAAGUCUUGAGUUAUGGUUGUUUAUGCAGUUUGUCAUUAUUUCUGAACUCAUUCUUUAUUCAUCAUUCAGUUAAGAAAACAGGUAUUCAUCAGUAUUUAAAUUAUUAAUACCCACUCAACAUGUUCUCCUACUUAAAAAAUAUG